AUGGCUCAGAAGGCUGGUGGGCGGUGCAAGCUCUCAAGGUGCAAAAUGAGCUGGCGAUGCGCCUGCCGUCGCAGGGUGCAGGUUCCGCCUUGCCGAGAGACAUUGAGAUUGGCUGCGACAAAGCCUGAAGUGCAACGUAUAGGCCUCGCAGACUUGAGCCAAGAAGUGCUUGCAGCAGUGCUCCACAGUCUGCAGGGGCUGGAGGUCUUGGCAAAAUUGGGGCCAGCGUCGAGGUCCUUGAGGUUGCUUCUCCAAGAUGAGCACGCUGAGAGCUCGUUGUGGCCGGGCUUUCUGAAGCAGGAGUUCCCCGAGCUCGAGCGGCCCGGCUUCGCGGAGGCCUACCGCCAGCUGACGGCCCGGCGGCUCUGCCGCAGCAUCGAGUGGCGCCAGGUGCCGAGCCGCGGCCUGGGCCAGCGGGAGGGGUCCCCGGGCAUGUUCCAGCGCAGGGGUCAGGUCUUCGUCUUCGGGGGCUGGGGCUACGGUCCCAUGAAGGAUCUCCACGUGGCGAACCUGAAGGAUGUCCAGAAUGUCCAGGAUGUCCUGAACUUCCGUGAGGUGCCCAUCCGGGGAGCUGGGCCUUUUGCCAGCUACGAGGCCAAGACUACUGUGCUGGACGACGAGGACUCCGAUUCCGACUCCUUCCGGGUGCUGGUGACCGGCGGCUGGCGCCACGGGGGCUACUGCGAGGAGAGUAACAUGUAUGGCAUCAUGGAGAUCAACUUUGAGGAGGCGGCUGUGACGGCCAGGUGGCUGAAGGUUGGCGAGAUGGUGCCGAGGGCCAACCACACAGCUACGUUUGUGCCUCCUAGUAUUGCAGGGGAUGCUUUCCCUCAAGGCUAUGUAGUGGUCUUUGGAGGCUGUAUUGAUGGUCAAGCCUCAAAUUGCCUGGAGCUCCUGGAUUUGUCCAGCAUGCAGUGGCUGGAGCCGGCAGCGAGCGGUGAGACGCCCCGGCCUCGGAACUCCCACAGCGCCACUUUGGUCCGCGACGCUGACUUUGGGGUCCUGGGCCCGGCCAUUCUCGUGGCCGGAGGCGGCACGGGGGACGGAAGCAACGGCGGCCCACCCCGGGGCGGGCGCGACCUGCAGGACGCCUUCUGGCUGCGCCUCCGUGGCGGCCUGGACCUGGACGGCCUCGGCCUCCGUUGGGCCCCGGCCGCCGUGCCAGGCGCUGGCCGCGGCCACGUGGCCGCGCGCCUGGCUGGGACCAGCACCGUGGUGUUUCUGGGGGGGGGCAAGCCGCCGUUGCCCCAGGCCAGGAGCACGGGCGGUGACUUGGAGGCUCCGGGCCGCGCCUUUGGGGGAGGCUGCUCGCUCCCCAUGGGCUGUGUGUUGGUCUAUGGCGGCUGGCACCCCAGCCGGGGCACUUUCGGAGACAUUUGGGCCGCUGGUGUCGAUGACCUGGCCCGGAACUCCGAAUUUUUCCAAGCACUUCCCCUUGGCAAUGCAACUCAGGAACACUUGGAAGAUUCAGACGGGGAGGACCCGGCCCUCCCAUUCAACGCGGCAUUGCGGAGGUUCAUCCGCCAGCGCGAGCUGGAAGGACGUGGUGCAGCAGCUGAGCGAUUACAGCUUGAUUUUGAAGGGCUGGAGGACAUAUUUGCCCCGCGCGGGGAUGACGUUAGUGAUGACUAUGAGGAGGAUGAGGACGAGAUUUUCGCUGAUGAUGGUGAGGGUGAAGAUGCUGCGGAAGUGGAAGAGGAAGAUGGUGCAAGCACGACGGAGAGACAGACGUCAUCCAGUGACAAUGACCUUUUCGAGUAA